UGUGUACACAGGCCAGAUGUGUGACUUCUUGACUUGCCGUAAUCGUUGGGAAUGUUCCCAUAUGGUUCUUUAAAACAGCGACAUUGUACCACACAAGAUAUUAAUUAUCACAACUAAUGUUUACCACUACGACAACACAUGUUUUCAACUAAAUAAAACAUGAAGAAUCAACAGGCAGAGCGGAGCUAGCUACAGCAUGACAGUGACAGUGUAUACCCCACAGCGUACCAUACAACAGUAGCACCAGACACCAGACUGAGUAGCGCUGAGUAGUAGCACGUACACUAAUGCAUACACACGUACUAGCUGAGCAGUAUGGAAGUUUUGCCAUUAAUGAGAUUGAAUUCGAAAUACGUGUUUAGUGUGUUUCUUAUUUGGACUGCAUACGUAUUUUGUAAUUGUGCCAAUGUACCUGCUCUUCAGUCCUUGUAUAAUAUUUCUGACCAAGUAACGGUUCUAGAAAACAAGACUUUGAAAAGUACAGUUUAUAAUUCGGAGCAAGCUUGGUUUGUUCAAUUUUAUUCUAGUUGGUGUGGACACUGUUUGCACUUUGCACCAGUAUGGAAGGCUUUUGCUGUCGAUAUCUCUGGUUGGCAAAGUAUUGCAAGAUUAGGAGCUGUUAAUUGUGCCGAUCAAAAGAACUCUAAAAUAUGCAGUCAAAACAUCGAUGUGGGUUUUCCAACAUUGAGGCUUUUCAGGGCUUUGCAGAAAAAUGGCACAGGUGAUGUAAGCAAAGGCCAAAGAGAUGUUAUACAUUUGAGGCAUGCAUUGAUCGAUCACAUCUCCAAACACAGCGGAGAUUACAAACCAUCACACUGGCCCAGACUGGAACCAGUUGGGAUCAAGUGGUUACUUGAAGAUUCUACAAGAAGUACAAAGCCUGGCGUCACGUUUAGAGCAACAGUUUUUGAGGAUGCCGAAUCAUAUGCUGGGAGAGAGCUUAUCUUGGACACGAUGGCUAGGACAGAUGUUGUGAUUGUGAGAGUGCUACAACCAGACUUGAAUAAUUCUGUGGCUAAUUGGAAAAUUACAAGAUUGCCCUCAUUGUUUGUUUAUAAACAAAAUGAAGAACCAAAGGAGUUAUUAUUCAAAUCAGAUACAAGAGAGUCGAUUCAUAGUUCACUUGAGGCUUAUUUAAAUCAGUCUGAACUGAAGAUUAAAGAUCAAAGCAGAGCUUCAUCAAACUUGGCUGGCAUAGAUGAGAGAAAUCAUAGAGGAAAUGAUGAACACAGAGUGACCGCCUUACAGAGGAUCAAUGGCGUAAUGCAGGACAGGGAAACACUCCCAACAAAAACAAGGAUGAGGUCAGUUGUCUCUAUGCAAGAUUUAGAAUCAACAUUGGUGUAUUCACUAAAGCAUGAGGUCGGUCUGCAGAGGGUUAUUAGUGCACAGGCAUUGGAGGCACUCAAGGCAUUCAUUCUAGUUUUAAACAAAUACUUUCCUGGUAGAUUGCAAGUCAUGAAUGUACUCAGUAAUUUGCAGAGAAUGCUUGAGCCAAAGUCACAGCUAUCAAAUGAUGAUUGGUUUAAGAUCCUACAACGAGUCAAGGGAAAUCUUGCUGCUAAUCAGCAGUUUGCUGUUUUUCUUGAGAAUGAAGUGAGAUGGCUUAGUUGCCAAGGCAGCACACAUGUUUACCGUGGUUAUCCCUGUGGUCUAUGGACUCUUUUCCACACCCUAACUGUAAGCCAAGCAGCAUUGAAUUCAAAUGAUGUGGAUGCUGAUGCCAAGGAAGUACUGAAUGCAAUGAAAGGAUACAUGAAGUACUUCUUUGGAUGUCGAGAGUGUAGUGAGAACUUUGCUGAAGAAAGUAUUAGUCUGGAUUCCAGUGUUGUUUCGUUAGAUGACUCAAUAUUGUGGCUGUGGGAGACUCAUAACCGUGUAAAUAAACGUUUGGCUGGAGCUCUAUCUGAAGACCCUGAAUAUCCUAAAGUACAGUUUCCAUCUGAGACUGAAUGCAAGCUAUGUCACGAUCCAUUCAAUCCUAGUCAUUGGAAGACGUCUGCUGUCUUACAUUACCUCAAGGAGUUAUAUAGUGUUAAGAACAUAGAUAUGAAAGUAGAUAAGUUAAAUCGGAGAGUUACAUUUGGUUACUUCACAAUUGGCAUAAAUGCCACAGAUAUUAGUAUGUGUUUGCUGCUUUACAGCCUAUGUUCUGUAUUACUUGUUGUAAUUUGUAUAUAUAUCAAUCAUAGGAGAAAGAGGAAACAUGUCAAGUACAUAAUUUGACAUGACUCUAAGACUGCGUCACAGUACUCCAGCUUCGUCUCAUUUUAAAGCAUUAUAUCAUUUAUGCAAAGAUAAAGUUUGAACAAUGACCAAGAAGUAGCCUGAACCAUUCAAUUCCAUGCAAUAUGAAAAGGCACAUGCAAUACUAAUUGGUUAUUACAGGUCACAUCAAGUGAAAUUUAUUGUAUUUUUCUUGCUUAUUAUAUGGUUUUACUUUUGUUUAUUACAGUAUUAAUUUAUGACCUUUACAUGACCUUGUGGUGGUCUUUUGUGGCAUAGACCUACAUCAUGUACAUGUAGCAUUAAAUGACAAUGCGCAUAUAAAUGACGCAGUAGCACUGGUUAUUGAACAUUUAGCUACCUACAUGUAGACCUACAUGUAGCAUUAAAUGACAAUGCGCAUAUAAAUGACGCAGUAGCACUGGUUAUUGAACAUUUAGCUUGGCAUCUUUUACUGUUGCCAUUUUGAAUCAGAUGGGAAUCUGUGCAGACUGAUACCAUCUUUAGUAGUGUUGCAAAAACACGGCUCACAUACCGAAUGUCCAGAGAUUUGUACAAAGAAACAAAGUGCAUGUAGUUCUUUCACACUCGUCAAUCGUUGUGUACUGAUCGACAACAGGUUUAUAUGUCUACGGCACAUAUUUGCCCACAUUUUGGGUGCAGGUUUCACCCCAAAUUUGAGUUUGUAUGGGUGUUUUUUUGUUGUUUUGUUAUUUUGUUAUUGCUGGCGUUCGGUGCGGGAUAUAAACCUUUACAUUUGAAACAAACUUGCAUUCAUAGGGUCAAAGGAACACGUUGCCUUGGAUCGGACGAGUUGGUCUUUGAAAAGCGUUUGAAGUUGUUAUGAAAUGCAUAUGGGUAGAUAGAUAAUUUAGAUAAGUAGAAUUUAAUGUUCCACACGAAUUCAAUAUUCCUCGAAAUUGCAUGAUUUAACGUCGCGAAAAAACACGGUCAGCCAUUUUUUUUUCCUUCAAAACUUUG